CAUCUCGUUGCUUCCAAUGCCACCACACACACACACAUUCAUUGGAUCGAAAAUCGAAGGCCCUACAUCCCGGUAACCUCUCAUCCAUUCCCGUCAGAAGGUCGUUCAUUAUCUUUACUCGUGCGGUACCGUACAAACCUUCCUUUCCUCUUCUAAAGAUACCCCACCGCCUGUUACCGGCAGCUAUGAACGCUGGUUUACGAAUAGCUUCAAGCUUUACCGCCGCACGGCCAUGCCUUUCGGUCGCCCCAGGAGUCCUCCCUCGAAUUACCGUUGCUGUAGCCGGAACCAUCUUCCCGGCUGUCCGUGUCGGAAAUGUGUGCACUGCGAGACUGUCUGCUUCAGCGUCUGCCCGUGCGGCAAUCGUCAAGAAUCCACGCACCGACCAAUCUGGGUCUUUGAUGAAAAUCGACAUAUCUCAGCGUGCGGUGAAAGUAUGCAUUCCAUCGUGACCACCUUCCCGUGAAGCCACUGUGUUGACAUCCACAGCGUCUCAAGGAGAUACAAUCUAAGGAUUCCAACCCCGACCUCGCUCUGCGGAUAACUGUGGAAUCCGGGGGAUGCCAUGGUUUCAAGUACACCAUCUCGUUGUCGGAUACAUUUGACGAGGAUGAGGAUACGUCGGUCGUCCCUUCCCCACCUAGAGCUACCGUAUUUGGACAAUGUAACGCUAAUCCGAGAUUCAGUGUAUUCGAGGAGGACGGUGCAAAAGUCGUCAUGGACGAACCCUCGCUGGGUCUUCUAAGGGACAGCACUGUCGACUACACCGCCGAGCUUAUCGGCAGUCAAUUCAAGAUCGUCGAUAACCCUCACGCAACUAGCUCUUGUGGUUGCGGAACCAGCUUUGACACCAAAUCCUUAUAAAACCCAAUCGUGUUGGGAUCGGGAAUGGUAUUCACGGUACCGGUAGUCCAGCGGUAGCAGUACGGUAAUGAUAAUCCUGGAGGAGUUUGUUCGCGGUUUCUGUUUAUCUUUUCCUUUAAUUUCCGUUUAUCCCUAUUUUCACUUCUCACUUUUACCCUCCCCUUUUUGUUUCAAAGCUACUGUUCCAUAUACCGAGGGUCUGGCGUUGGGUCUCCUGUUCUUAUCUGCACUUAUCGAUAGAUGACUGGACAAUUUCUUGGCGCCCCAUCGCGGCUU